CUGAUCAGAGGCUGCAAGGGAGACAGAAGCGAAGAGGAGGAGGAGGAGAAGUGGGUGGGGGACAGAGAGAACCAAAAAGCCCACCAGGCUCAGGCAGGACUUAAAGCAAGCAGGCGGGACAGGCGCUCCCAGCAGAUCACCCUGAGAGAUCGAGGGGAGCCUUCUCCGGGAUCCGCCGGAGACCCCCUGAAGAAGAAGAAGGCGCCUCCGAGGGGCACAGACACCGCAGCCGCCGCAGGUGGUGCCAUGAUGGCCACCGGCUACCCAGACCCCGCGGGGCCCGAGGACGCCGUGUCUCUCCUGCAGCAGCAGCAGCACCAGGCCGCCAAGGAGCCCUGCCUCGGCGGAGAGUCGGCGGCUGCCAAGAGCGAGCUGAGCCCGGCUGCCACAGCCAAGGCGUCCCCAGCUGGAUCGGCGUCCGCCUCGGCUCCUUCGGCGCCUCUGGAGAAGGGCGACCCGUCUCAGAAGCCCCCUUACUCGUACGUGGCGCUGAUCGCCAUGGCCAUCCGCGAGAGCGCCGAGAAGCGCCUGACGCUGUCGGGCAUCUACCAGUACAUCAUCGGCAAGUUCCCCUUCUACGAGAAGAACAAGAAGGGCUGGCAGAACAGCAUCCGCCACAACCUGAGCCUCAACGAGUGCUUCAUCAAGGUGCCGCGAGAGGGCGGCGGGGAGCGCAAAGGCAACUACUGGACGCUCGACCCGGCCUGCGAGGACAUGUUCGAGAAGGGCAACUACCGGCGGCGGCGCCGCAUGAAGAGGCCGUUCCGCCCGCCCGCGGGACACUUCCAGCCCGGCAAGAGCCUCUUCGGCGCCGCGGCCGAGGCGGCCGGCUACGGUUACCUCACGGCGCCGCCCGCCAAGUACCUGCAGGCGCCUUUCCUCAACGCGGCCGCAGCGUCUUGGUCCCUGGCGCAGCCCGCGCCUCCGCCGCCGCCUCAGGCGCCCCAGGCGGGAGCCUACGCCGCCUGCACCAUGGCCGCCGUGGCUGAGGGAGCAGGGAGCGGAGGCGCCGGGAGCGGAGGAGGCGGCUCGGUGGGGGGAGGCGGCGGAGGAGGCAGUUCCCUCAGCCCCGUCGGCGGCGUCAAGGGAGUAGGCCUGGCGGCCGGGCCUGGAGGCGCCGCCGCCUCAGCGUACGGGCCUUACUCCCGCCUGCCGGCCAUGGUGAACUCGUACAACGGCAUGGGGGGCCACCACCACCACCACCACCCGCACCACCCGCACCACGCGCACCACCACCACCCUCACCACCACCACCAGCACCAUCACCACGCGGCCGCGGCGGCCCAGCAGCUCGGAGCGGCGGCAGUAGCGGCGGCGGCGGCUGCUGCUGCGGCGGCCGCCUCGGCAGGGAGCGGCUCCCCGCAGGGCUCGCCCAACGGGCCGGCGGGCCUGCAGUUCGCGUGCGCCGCGCGCCAGCCGCCCGAGCUGGCCAUGAUGCACUGCUCCUACUGGGACCACGAGAGCAAGCACAGCGCCUUGCACUCCCGGAUAGACAUCUGAGCGGGCGGAGGGGGCCCGUCCGGAAGAGAGACGGCGGCAGGCAGAAGAAGAAGAAGCGCCCUCAUCCUCGGCAUCCCCUUCCUCUUCACCAUGUUGGAUUUCUCUCCCUCUUGUAAUUCCCCCUUUUCCCCCACCCGCUGCUGAAAUGGGACAGUGACUUUGAGUGCCAAAACGAGAACCACACGCGCACAACCCCCCCCCCUUCGCCCAAGUCCUGUGUGCCUGAAAUCAUACAGAUCCUCUCCAGGUGCCCGUGAAGGCAGCGUAAGUUCAGAGGACUUCCACGCUCAUCCUCAUUGCUGCAGGAGCUCCGUGGGUCCUUUGGUUCUGCGUUUCUUUUUUCACUGGGUUUUAGGGUUAGCGCGCACACGUAAAGGUGGCCGAACAGUAUUUGCCUGAAGAGACGUCUGUCUCGGCCUUUUGUUUCUCUUUCCUUUUUGCAUUUUCUUGAAAUUAAUAUCCCGAUCAUAAGCACUGUUUGGUUAGAAGUGUUGUUGGAAGGUUCACUGGUACGUAAAUCUCUUUAUGAUCGAGGUAUUGGUCUCAUUGUUUUCGCAGGGAGUUUAAAAAGAGUGAAGGUGGGGGGUUUUAUUUUUGGUGGGGGAGAGGAAAAAUAGAAGAGAGGAAAGCGCUUAGUGGUUUAGGGACAGAAUUAUAAACUAGAAGAGGUUUGUUUAGUUAGGGAGGGAACGUGCCGAAGCAAUAAGCUGAUCUGCCGCCGGGUUGAACAAAAGCACUGAAAAAUAAUUCCGGUUUUGUUUUUUGCAGAAUUCCUGGCUCUAUCCAGAAAAAGUCAGCUAGGUUUAUUGCGAAGUACAUCCUAUUAAAGUUAAGAUGGGGCUUCAGCCGUCCAGCAAAUGGAGAAGGCAGGGAAAACCCCAUUGAAAUAAAUUAAUUUAACAAUAUGCUCCAGCGUUUACAUCCCAUUAACUGCGGCAGGGUUUAAGCACGACUAAUUUUGCAAUCCACAGCCAUCUGAUUAAUGAUAAUGAGAUGGGAUUGCAUUUGAUGGCAUCUGCCAACCUUAAAUGGAAUAAUUUUACUAGAAUAUUUUUCCAGGUGAGAUGGCUAUUUUAAGCAUAGCCCUGCAAAAUGUCCUUUGAAAGGAUGAAGAAAAACCCAAAUCACGCACACUGCAUACAGGUACUUGGAAUUUAAUUUAAUUCCAAGUGUAUUUUUAGAGAUGCCAAAGACUCAGCAGUUAUUCCUUGUCAGUUUAAUUCACACCUAGGAUACACUUGGUCAGGUAGUUCGACCCAAAACAGUUUCAACAAGAUUUAGCUCCAAAUAUAUGUGGGGAUGAGCGAGGAAAACCGGUUUAAUUCCUAGGGAAUUAAUUUAGGAUUGGGGUCCAAACGUUCAGAUUAAAGCUGAGGAAAAACUCCUUUAAAAAAACUGCCUUGGGGUGAUCCCUGUAUUUUGAAAUUCCGCUGAUGCGGAAUUAAACAAGUGGAAGGCACUCACUCUUUGCCAGUCUGAUCUUAUCCACGGUGAUAACCGAUUAUUUUUAUUAUAAUUUCCUAAGGGGAAUAUUGCACUUCUUCAAAGAUUUAUGUUUCUAUCCAAAGUAGUACUUAUUUGGAGACUGUAUUUGAGCAAGAACAGCCUUUUAUACAGUAUCUAGUAGCCAUGUUGAUUUGAUUGUUGAAACGCGGAGGAGAUUUGAGAAGAGUUGUGGGAACAAUAGGUAUAUAUGUAUAUGUAUUUUUUUUAAGCGUUCUCUCAAAAUAGAGUAAUUUUAUACAAGACUAUAAUUAUUCGGACAAAACAAGACUGUUUCCCGAAAUUAUUGUUAAUAGUAAUAAUAAUGGAGACUAUUUUCCCAAAUGCAAUUGUUAUAUUAUUAUUAUUAUUCAAUGGAUGAUGAGUGAUUUUUUAAAUAUUUUUUGACCCAGACGAAUCUCAGUUAGAUUCUUAUCAUCUUCUUUUUUGAACAGAGUUGCAAUCCUAAACCCUGAGAGAGCUAAUGUAGAAAAAAAAUGUGUUUAAUUGGGGGAGGGGGCAGGUAAUAAUGAUUUCCUCAGUGUCUGUGUAAACAAAUAGAUAUUUUGGUAUUCUGCCACCCCGGGACCAACUUUUCUAGAAUAACCUAGCACUUUUAUUGUAUAUCAUAGCAUUGUAUAGUCUCCAAUAAAAUGUGGUUUUGUUCUCUUUUA